UAAAAACAAAUUUAUAUUUAUUUUUCUAAAAAUGUUGUCUCAACAAGAAAGAAAAGAACGGCAAGCCAAAAUUGACGAAAACAUGAAAAAAGCUAAGGAAGAAAAUCGAAGAAUGAUGAAUACUCCAAUUAGAAGAUACCAAUUUAGAGCUGAAGUGAUGAAAGUUUGCUUAUAUAUCUUCUUUCCUGUGGCUGCUGUUUGGAUUUUUAAUAGUACUUUCGUUGAAGGAAAAAUGAAAAAAUGGAGAGAAACAAAUCCAUAUUACAAUAAUGAAAGGGCCAAAAAGACCACUGAACAAUUCAAAAAUUUUUAUGAAGAAUUUAAAGAGAAUAAGCGUCGGGAGGAACAUGCUAAAUUUUUGAGAGAACAAAUGGCUUUUGAAGAAGCCAAAAAGAUUAGGAAAGAACAUGGAAUUUAA